AUGUCUGCUGCUGUCUGGCCCCCUAUCUCGUCCGACCAGCUUGCCCUCCAAGUUUCCGCUGCCCAGGACCGGGAGCUCGAAUGGCUGCUAGUCCAGCUCCAGGACACCCUCCACUCCCUCAAAGCUGGGCUGGAAGAGUGCGCUGCCUUGCUCGCACCCAACGAGAACGGCUCAACCCUCGUCCUCACCUCGGUCCGCUCAGAGUCCCUCAAAGGCCUUGUGACACGUGUCGGGACCCGCAUAGUGAAGGGUAACAUCAAACUCAAGCUGGCUAGUCUCCCGCCCCCUCGCGGCUCCUCGAGCUACGACCUCGCCAUCUCAGCUGCGCCGCAAGCCCCGACCCUCGUCAUCGAGCAAUUGACGUCUGUCCGAACACUGAUAAACGCGUGCUUGGACGUGAUUGAUGUGACUACAUGGACCGGAGAUGCAAAGAACGCAAACUUCAUCUCGGGCCAGUUCCAACUGCUGUACGACAACAUACAGGAAGCACGGCAAGCUCUCAAGGGAUACUCUGAUGUUCAGCGUCCGUGGACUGAGAAGCCGAUAGAUGAGCAGAUAUUCGACCCUCCGCUACCCCGCAAUGUCUCAUUCCAUCUAUCCAUAUUUGACGCGGCCCUCCUUCUCGAAAUACGUACCCUGGAGCUCUGUAACCCAGCCGAAGAAUCACAUUCUGGCUUUGACAUCCGUGGCAGGCUUGCGAUGGCCUUGGGUGGAACCCGGCCGCCCAUACACGAUGAAGUGGACCGAGUUUUCAGCUAUAGAGACCAGGAGGUUCGCGUCAAAGAGAAGAUCCGAGUUGAGAGCCAGGACCCAGCCUUGAUAUCAGCCAUGGCCAAGCUCAAUGCUCUUGAGCAUAGCGUUGGUCUGAGCCGCAAAGCUCUCAAUAUUGUCAUGGGCAAAGAGGAGUAGCUUCAGCCUCGAAGCUGGGACCCCCGGGGAAUCGAUUUGAACCAUUUGCAAGCCCGCCCAGUCGUUUCGACGAAUGCACACACACAU